AUGCUUAUAGUAGGGAUUAAUUAUGUUGAAUAUAUAGGCAAAACAAAUAACAUUCGGGAGGGAAAUAAAAACAAGGGGGUGGAAACGUUGAAAAGAAAAAAACCUGAAGAAAGAAGUGACAGUAGUGACAGCGAUGGAAGAACUAGUCAUAAAAAAGAGACUGCAACAGCAGAUUCUAAUCUUCAUAAUUUUGAUCAAAUCACCAGUGCUAGUUCUGUGACUUCGCCUAGGUCAAGUUGCUCCAAAGAUUUGGAUGUGUAUUCAACAAUAGAUGAUAGCAAUGAAAAUGACAUCGGUCGAUUUGUUGGUCGAGCUGCGACUUUAUCAACCGAGCGGAAAAAAGAAAUACUAGAAAACUGUUGGAUACCACCUAAACCGUACGACUUUGCCAAAGAUGACCAGCAUCUGAAAAGAAAAUUCAAUCAUUCCUAG